AUGAUGGUGAGAUUGGAUCAGUUAGCUGGCCUUAAAUCUCAUAAUGGACGGAAGUUUGGUACCUUGUUGCAGGAGUCAUCCCGCCACCAAGAGUUCAUUACAUCAGGCCGAGUUUGUGGCUUCAAGAACCAACCACAGCAACACCAGAGAAAGGGUUAUGCCGAGAAGGCGCUUCAGCACCACGUUAGAGAUCAUGUGGACGAACACAAACGGCGCCACAAGAAGCUUAACUUCCACAAUGAGAUUCCGGGUUUCUGGGAGUCUCGGGUUCGUGAAGAUCGAUACUUAGGUUUUGGUGUCAACCAAAGGUUUGGUUCCAACCACGAUCAGCUAAGAGCCCAAAGAAACAAAGCCGUUGAUGUGGAAGUUGUCAUUCCUGGUCCUUCCAUUGAUGUCAGCUGUGUGGUUAAGGAUGAACCAGUGCAUCAUUGCACGUCUAUAGCUCCAGAUGAUCGGCUUUUGUUGAAGAAAUGUACCUCUUGUGAUGAUCUUUUUAAUCUUGCUUUGGAUCAUGAUCCAUGGGAGGACAACAACAUUGACUGGAACUGCCCUCCUUUAUUUGAUGUUUAUGCUGAUGAAGGAGAUGGGAACAAUUUGCUGCAUAAUGAUUUCCCUUUGAAAGAAGAGGUGGAUAUUGAUCGAAUUUAUAUGGGUGCUGGUUCUAGCUCAUUUUAUGGUCUAUUUGGACACCACAUUCAGCACCAUGAUGACUUUUGCACUUCGGCUUUAGAGAUCAAGUCUUUUUACCCUUGUGAACGUGAUGUGCAUGGUGUUUUUCUUGCGAAUCAGAUAUCUAUUACUAGGUUGAUUGGCGAAACCUUGAUGAUCGCUGUUCCAAGUACCGCAUACUUGCCAAACUUGAAAACGCUUGAACUCGGUUGGGUUAGAUACCAAAACGAGGAAUCUGUUACUAACCUGAUUUGUUGCUCUUUGGGGCUUGAAAAUUUGUCCAUUUGGGUGAACAGUCCUAAAAACAUGCCAUACAUGCAUGUGCCGAAGUUGCGUAUACAUGCACCAGCAAUGAAAUCUCUCCAAAUAGUAAAGGGGAGCCAUAGCCGUGCUUCUGCCGAUAAUGGGCUAGAUAAAAAUGCUCUUGCCGUCUCAGAACAUACUGAGGAUCAUGUCUCCGAUUCUCUACAGAUUACAAAUACGGGCUCAUUGAAUAAGGCAAAACUUGAUUUGCAUAAAACUCUUUCAUAUCAAUGGCUCAUCAAGUGUUUUGAAGCAUUCUGCAUCGUUUAUUGUCUCUCUUUCUCUGGUGACAUACCAGCAUCCCUCAACUUCGAAUCGGGACUUCCAUUGGUUAUGUUUUUGAGAUUAACAAAGAACCGGUCUUGUUCUGGUAGAAUUCAUGCUGAAGAGUUAUGGAACGAUCCAGUGCUUGUACCCAGAUGUUUGAUGACAUGCCUGAUAACUAUUUGGAUCCAGGAUUUCAGGGAAUCAGAAUUCGAGCUCGGUAUGUUAAAGUAUGUUCUCAAGAAUGGAAACGUAUUACAAAAGUUAGAAAUAGGUCUUGCUGAUACACACCGACCAUGGAAUACCAGCACCCGUGGAGGAGGGACAGCCCGCAAAUUUGAGCUGAAAUAUCUAAGAUCUGUAGGCAAUUACCGGCAACUUGAAGCCAAGUAUAGCAUCGCAAAGAAGAUAAAGAAUAUCCAGAAAGGAUCAGAUGCUUGUGAAAUUGAUAUCUUAUGA